AUGGUGGAGGAGUGUCCCGCAUCCAGCAGGCCAGGGACACGUGCGCGUGUCUCCCUCCCUCAGGCCACGGGUCGCCCUCGAUCAGAGAUCACCGUGCCUUCCCACCACGCCAAACACACCACCCCGCCUGCUGCGGCUGCUGCUGCCGCGUCGGCGCCGCCAUUCGCCUUCCACUGCUUCUUCCUGGACGCCCCUCGCCUGCCGCUGUACCGCCGAAUAGAUAGACGCUGCGAAGAGAUGGUGCAAGGUGAGGCGAGCCAUGGUGCAAGUCCACACGCCUUUCUCAACCCCACGGCGCCCCCUCGUUCUCAUGCCUCCAUCUCUUGCCUUCCCCUGCAUGCCCCAUCGCCCCGUGCCCUCACGCGCGCUCUCUCGGCCCGUGUGGCGGCAGGCGGGCUGCUGGAGGAGAGCCUGGCGCUGCUGCGAGCGGGGCUGCUGCCCGACUCCUCCUCGCCCACACGCGCCAUCGGCUACCGCCAGGCCAUGUCCUUCCUGCUGCACUGCCAGCGCCUCAUGGAGACCAGAGAGCAAGAGCAGCAGCAGGCGUCGCGGCGCUACGCCAAGCGCCAGACCACGUGGUUCCGCUCCCAACGGCUCUUCCGAUGGCUGCCCGCCCACUCCCCCCUGGUGAGAGACACUGCCCCCCUGGUGAGAGACAUUGCCCCCCUGGUGAGAGACACUGCCCCCCUGGUGAGAGACAUUGCCCCCCUGGUGAGAGACAUUGCCCCGCUGGUGAGAGACAUUGCCCCCCUGGUGAGAGACACUGCCCCCCUGGUGAGAGACACUGCCCCCCUGGUGAGAGACAUUGCCCCCCUGGUGAGAGACAUUGCCCCGCUGGUGAGAGACAUUGCCCCCCUGGUGAGAGACACUGCCCCCCUGGUGAGAGACACUGCCCCCCUGGUGAGAGACAUUGCCCCCCUGGUGAGAGACAUUGCCCCCCUGGUGAGAGACACUGCCCCCCUGGUGAGAGACAUUGCCCCCCUGGUGAGAGACACUGCCCCCCUGGUGAGAGACACUGCCCCCCUGGUGAGAGACAUUGCCCCCCUGGUGAGAGACAUUGCCCCGCUGGUGAGAGACAUUGCCCCCCUGGUGAGAGACACUGCCCCCCUGGUGAGAGACACUGCCCCCCUGGUGAGAGACAUUGCCCCGCUGGUGAGAGACACUGCCCCCCUGGUGAGAGACAUUGCCCCCCUGGUGAGAGACAUUGCCCCGCUGGUGAGAGACAUUGCCCCCCUGGUGAGAGACACUGCCCCCCUGGUGAGAGACACUGCCCCCCUGGUGAGAGACAUUGCCCCCCUGGUGAGAGACAUUGCCCCGCUGGUGAGAGACAUUGCCCCCCUGGUGAGAGACACUGCCCCCCUGGUGAGAGACAUUGCCCCCCUGGUGAGAGACAUUGCCCCGCUGGUGAGAGACAUUGCCCCCCUGGUGAGAGACACUGCCCCCCUGGUGAGAGACACUGCCCCCCUGGUGAGAGACAUUGCCCCCCUGGUGAGAGACAUUGCCCCCCUGGUGAGAGACACUGCCCCCCUGGUGAGAGACAUUGCCCCCCUGGUGAGAGACACUGCCCCCCUGGUGAGAGACACUGCCCCCCUGGUGAGAGACAUUGCCCCCCUGGUGAGAGACAUUGCCCCGCUGGUGAGAGACAUUGCCCCCCUGCUGAGAGACACUGCCCCCCUGGUGAGAGACACUGCCCCCCUGGUGAGAGACAUUGCCCCGCUGGUGAGAGACAUUGCCCCGCUGGUGAGAGACACUGCCCCCCUGGUGAGAGACAUUGCCCCCCUGGUGAGAGACAUUGCCCCGCUGGUGAGAGACAUUGCCCCCCUGGUGAGAGACACUGCCCCCCUGGUGAGAGACACUGCCCCCCUGGUGAGAGACAUUGCCCCCCUGGUGAGAGACAUUGCCCCGCUGGUGAGAGACAUUGCCCCCCUGGUGAGAGACACUGCCCCCCUGGUGAGAGACAUUGCCCCGCUGGUGAGAGACAUUGCCCCCCUGGUGAGAGACACUGCCCCCCUGGUGAGAGACACUGCCCCCCUGGUGAGAGACAUUGCCCCCCUGGUGAGAGACAUUGCCCCGCUGGUGAGAGACAUUGCCCCCCUGGUGAGAGACACUGCCCCCCUGGUGAGAGACAUUGCCCCCCUGGUGAGAGACAUUGCCCCCCUGGUGAGAGACAUUGCCCCCCUGGUGAGAGACAUUGCCCGGCUGGUGAGAGACAUUGCCCCGCUGGUGAGAGACAUUGCCCCCCUGGAGGAGCUGGUGGGGAUGGUGCUGCGGGACUUUGAUGGGUCGACGCGUGGGGAGGGGCACCUGGGUGGGGAGGGGCAGGCGGGUGGGGAGCGGCAGGGGGGUGGGGAGGGGAGGUUUGGGGCAGAGAGCGAAGGGGGGCAGGGUGGUGUUGGAGGAGGAGGGGGCAGCGGGGGGGCGUGCGAGAAGGCGGUGAGGCGAGAGCAGCGCAGGGAGAGGGCGGAGGAGGAGAGGGCGCUGAAGGGGUACCGGGCACAGCUGGAUGCAUGGAUGGUGCACCUACCAGUGCAUGGAUGGUGCACCUACCAGUGCAUGGAUGGUGCACCUACCAGUGCAUGGAUGGUGCACCUACCAGUGCAUGGAUGGUGCACCUACUCGUGCAUGGAUGGUGCACCUACUAGUGCAUGGAUGGUGCACCUACUCGUGCAUGGAUGGUGCACCUACUCGUGCAUGGAUGGUGCACCUACUCGUGCAUGGAUGGUGCACCUACUAGUGCAUGGAUGGUGCACCCACUCGUGCAUGGAUGGUGCACCUACUCGUGCAUGGAUGGUGCACCUACUCGUGCAUGGAUGGUGCACCUACUCGUGCAUGGAUGGUGCACCUACUCGUGCAUGGAUGGUGCACCCACUCGUGCAUGGAUGGUGCACUCACUCGUGCAUGGAUGGUGCACCUACUCGUGCAUGGAUGGUGCACCCACUCGUGCAUGGAUGGUGCACCUACCAGUGCAUGGAUGGUGCACCUACCAGUGCAUGGAUGGUGCACCUACUCGUGCAUGGAUGGUGCACCCACUCGUGCAUGGAUAGUGCACCUACUCGUGCAUGGAUGGUGCACCUACUCGUGCAUGGAUGGUGCACCUACUCGUGCAUGGAUGGUGCACCUACUAGUGCAUGGAUGGUGCACCUACUCGUGCAUGGAUGGUGCACCUACUCGUGCAUGGAUGGUGCACCUACUCGUGCAUGGAUGGUGCACCUACUCGUGCAUGGAUGGUGCACCUACUCGUGCAUGGAUGGUGCACCUACUCGUGCAUGGAUGGUGCACCCACUCGUGCAUGGAUGGUGCACCUACUCGUGCAUGGAUGGUGCACCUACUCGUGCAUGGAUGGUGCACCCACUCGUGCAUGGAUGGUGCACCCACUCGUGCAUGGAUGGUGCACCCACUCGUGCAUGGAUGGUGCACCUACUAGUGCAUGGAUGGUGUACCUACUCGUGCAUGGAUGGUGCACCUACUCGUGCAUGGAUGGUGCACCUACUCGUGCAUGGAUGGUGCACCUACUCGUGCAUGGAUGAUGCACCUACUCGUGCAUGGAUGGUGCACCUACUCGUGCAUGGAUGGUGCACCUACUCGUGCAUGGAUGGUGCACCCACUCGUGCAUGGAUGGUGCACCCACUCGUGCAUGGAUGGUGCACCCACUCGUGCAUGGAUGGUGCACCUACUCGUGCAUGGAUGGUGCACCCACUCGUGCAUGGAUGGUGCACCCACUCGUGCAUGGAUGGUGCACCCACUCGUGCAUGGAUGGUGCACCCACUCGUGCAUGGAUGGUGCACCUACUCGUGCAUGGAUGGUGCACCUACUCGUGCAUGGAUGGUGCACCUACUCGUGCAUGGAUGGUGCACCCACUCGUGCAUGGAUGGUGCACCCACUCGUGCAUGGAUGGUGCACCUACUCGUGCAUGGAUGGUGCACCUACUCGUGCAUGGAUGGUGCACCCACUCGUGCAUGGAUGGUGCACCCACUCGUGCAUGGAUGGUGCACCUACUAG